AUGACUGUCAUCUGCGUUCCUUCUUCCAGACGAACAUUCUUCGAACUGGCCUAUCAGCCUACUGAUUUCUGGUCCGGCUACCAUCCAACGUCUCAAGGCAGAUGGAUCCUCGAUUUUAGUGUGGAUGGUUUGAAUGCACCGACCUUUGAGAGUUCGUGGGUAACAUUGACCGCCCAGGCAGCAGCAGGAAGUCAACUUGUCAUUCCACAUGACCUCGGGGAAUAUCCGGUGAAAGUAGAUGUUCAGAUAAGGGUUGUGGAUAAUGGAAACUAUUACAUAUUUACUGGAUCCGGUUCAGCACAUCGAGAUGACGAUUCUCCCAGUUCGUAUGGUGGAGUUGUGUAUAUUUACAAUGCUGUAGACAUACGAGUAUAUGCACCAGACGGGGAGGGCUCUAUUUUGGCCGAAACAAGUGGACUAGUGGCAUUCACAGGUGGCGCUGGAAGAACAGGCUCGACUCUUAUUGGAGGAUCGUAUAUUUCCGGCGAGGUCAAGGUUCGAGCCUGGGCACUGUGUGAUAUUGGUCCUCCGGCAUUUUCCCAUCAGUGGACAGUUAUUAAUAGCGCAUCGGCUUACCACCAAAUAUCACAUAACUUGGGAGUAUAUCCGGACUUGGUCACAGUACAGGUAGCCCUUGGUUCCACUGAUUACUGGUCAGACGCCCAAGGAAGCGCCGGGAUAUCUGACAAUGCUCCGUUGUAUAUGAACAUUGGCGGUGUUCUGUUUGGGUAUGACACCACCAUGAUACGGAUAUGGGCUUCAAGCGAAGGAUAUGUUUUUAGUGCAUAUGACGGAUGGGGCUUGAACGAUGACUGGAGAUUUAAUUCGGGCCAAAUAAGAAUCAUUUGCUGGACAUUUCCGGCAACCGAAAUUCUUUUUGAGCACACUUUAACCAUGGGAAUAGGAUUGACGAGCAGUUAUGAGAUUGACUUCUCCUCUACAUUUGAAACAGAUGACAUACUUAUGUCAACCGAGAUCACAGUUGCAGAUGGAAAUAAUCCCGGGUUCCGUUUUUAUGGAACCGGUAACAGUUUAACUGAUGGAAGUGUAGCUCCAUUUGGCGGGGUUGCUUACGCUUACACUGAAACACAGAUUUUGUUAUGGCGGCCAUCCGACUCCUCCGGGGGUAAAAUGGUGUACCACGACGGUAUAUGGGCUGGCGGUCAGAUGUACCAAAUGUCAGAUACCGCGGAAGUCACAAUACGAAUUAUGACUGCUACAGGCACCGUGACGGGAGGAUGUGGGCACGGUAGCUGUGGCACCAGUCUAGACCAAGUCAGUGUAACAUGCACGUGUGAUCCUAACUGGACCGACAGUGACUGUAAAACAGCUGUGAUAACUACUACCACUCAGACUACAACUACUACUGUCGUUACUACCACUCCCACCCCUACGACUUCAACCAUUCCCGCCCCUACGACUACAACCACAACCGCUGCUACGACUACAACUACUUCCGGCACUACUCCGGUCGCCACAACUGCAGCUGUAGCCAACACCGACAGGCUGUACGAUGGCACUUCAGGCGGGAGUAAUGUUCUGUACUCGUGCAGUACUGGGUACGCCUUGUCGUCAGGCGAUCAGAGACACACCUGUGUGGCUGGGGCGUGGGUUGGCAAUUUACCUGUAUGUCUAGCUUGUUCUAAUACGUUUACGCCCGUCAUUACAACACCAGAGGCCCUUAACGAGAGAUUGGAGACACUGAAGAAAAAUACCGAACUGUCCGCAAAGAACACCUCUUCCUACAAGCGAAGUCUUGUGUGUGCGUACGAUCCACGGCCUUCUUCCCUAUACGUUGGCACCAUCGGUAUUAUCAUGCUGAUAAAUACAAUGUUACUCUUUAUACAGGAUGACCUUGUGCACUGUAAAUAA